UUGAAUUCCCAGUUAGUUUUCUGCACUUACCUUUAACAGAAUGGCAUCGUUAUUACCUUCUCUGGUUUACUUCAUUGUUCUGUUUAACUGCUGUAAGUUGGUUACACCCAGCACCGACGAGAGAAUUGUUGGAGGAUAUGAUGAUACCAUCGAGAACGUUCCAUAUACAGUUUCACUGAAUAAAAUAGGUUUCGGGCACUUUUGUGGUGGAACCUUAAUUUCCUUCGAGUGGGUUCUAACGGCUGCGCAUUGCCUGGUCGGUGAAACUCCAGACGAUCUUUACGUCCGAGCUGGAUCCACUUACAAGAAUAAAGGUGGCACAAUCCGAAAAGUACAGAGAGUUAUUCCACAUGAGCGGUACAGCAAAGAGAUAAACUUGGAUUUCGACAUUGGACUGGUACAACUGAAGAGACCCUUGCCGGCGUCUGAUUACAUCGAUUGGAUCCCGUUGAUAAUGUAUGACACCACGCGACCCGGAAACGAAUGCAUCAUUUCUGGAUGGGGAACAACCAAGCAAAAAGAAACCCAGUUCCAACUGCUGAAGAGCGCUGUUGUUCAAAUUGUCAGUAAAAAUGCCUGCCAGCGGGCACUGUAUCGGAAGGUCAUUACGAGGAACAUGAUGUGUGCCGGUGCCCAGAAACACGAUGCUUGUCAAGGUGACUCGGGAGGUCCCAUGAUAUGCACCGGAAGACUUACUGGGGUGGUGUCCUGGGGCGAAGGAUGUGCAACCAUAGGCAAACCUGGAGUUUAUACUUCCGUUUUUGAACUGCGGAGUUGGAUAUUAGAUUACGCUGGAUCAUAUUUAAACUGAGAGGAGAACAAUGAACUACAGUUUCAGGGUCUCUUAAGUUUAGGCACUUUUUGUGUUUGGCUUUCUUAGGUGUUGCCAAAAUCUAACGGACACUGUAAUAGUGGCUCAUGCUGAACGAUCAACAAGUUGUGUUUAAUAAUAAUUCAAAGUUCUCUCCAAAAGAUUUACCUCUAUAAAUUGUAAGUACUGUGAUCGAUCCUAAAACAUGUUAACCAGAGACUCUGAGAGAAAAUAAUAUUGAAUUUUUGAGUAGUAUAAUGACCCCAUUCAAAAAAGAAUGUCAAGGACACCCAGUCUCUUGAAGUCAAGGGUGAAGAUUUCCCAUCAGAAUAGUUCCCAGUAGGUUCACAGAAAUUUAUAAAUUGUCAUUAGUUAACUGGACACUGUUGAGUAAUAUUUACAAUUUUUGAAGCAGAUCGAAUCAUUACCGUUUUAUUCGAUUGCCGCGUCGAAAGUCACGUUUUCCUGAUAAAAUACAUUUAAACUUGAUUAUAAUAAAAAUCGUUAUUUAGUCAUGA